AUGACAAGCGCUUGCAUUUGGCAAGUAUCUUCCGAAAGUGGAAAUGAAAGUAGUCUUCCGGCUUUGGAGUCUUCCUCGAGCAGUGAAUCAUUGGCUACGUUUAGAGCCGAAAUAGCGGCCGAUAACGAAGCUGAGAUUUAUGCUCGCAUACGGAGUCUCCAGAGCCGUGAUUACUACAACCUUCCUCCCAGAAUAAUCCCGGGGAUAUUAGAAAGAAAGGGUCUAUUGCAAGAUAGGCUCUUCGAUCUUAUGUUUGGUGAGCAAAAGAUUUAUCGUAUCAUGGAACUUUCGCCAUAUACGAAUAUAAGGGCGGAGGCGUACGACUUCCUUGAGGGUAAGGUGGAGCCGGUGAGCUCUUUGCAACAUUCCUUCCAACGGGAUAUCAUGGACGGGAGUCUGAAUUUCUUUAUUCAGGAUAUAAACCAAAGCGGUAGAAAUUCACAAAUAUACCGUGAAUUCUACUCCCACUUUACCGAUGAGGGAUUCCGCCUCAAGUUCGGAUUACCCCUACCUUAA